CCCAGGUUAAUGACACCUACAAUGCCAUUCCAUCGUCACCCUCCAUCUCUGCCAUCGCAACUACAGGGCUACAUGUAGAGAGCGCGUCGCUCUCAUCUCGACUCUCUGAACAACACGCACAUCGCUAUCGGAUCUCUUGACCCUCUCACCGCAGGCCAUCGCGCAAUGCACAUUCUCGUCUUCGGCGGCACCGGCGCCGUGGGACUCUCAUUCGUCCAAGAAGCCCUCAAAGCAGGACAUCGACUUACCCUCUACGUGCGAAGUCCGUCCAAACUCCCGAAGAAUGUGCAGCAAAACAUCAACGUCCACAUUGUCGAAGGCGACUUCAGCGACAUGGAGGCCGUGAAGAAAGCGCUCAAUGACGGCGCCGAUGUGCUCGUCUCGUUCGUUGGCCCGGCCAUUCCCAAUAAGGGCAUGGCCAUCACCGAGUUUUACGACAAGCUAUUUCCGUUACUGCCGACAGAUAGCACGAUCAAACGAUGCUUCGUCCUCUCAACAGCCUCAUACUCCGCGCCCGAGGACAGGCGAUCGUUGAAAUGGUGGUUUGGCAUCCUCGCUAUCAAGCUCUUCCUCGGCACCGCUUACAAAGAAAUCAACGGAAUGAGUCGCGCCGUGACUUCAUUGCCAACAGAGCAGGUGGAGUGGACUUUGUUCCGAGUCCCGGGUUUGACGAACAGCGAAGCCAAGCCUGUACGCGCGGGCUUCAUCGGAGACGGGAAAUCAGAUGGCAUCUUCAUCAGCCGGGGCAGCAUCGCAGUGUGGAUUUUGCAGGAGUUGGAGGAGAGGCGAUGGGUGAACAAGGCGCCGUCGCUGUGCAAUGUCGGGUGGCUUUGAACGCCAUUGGGCAGCAGUGCUUGCGUUCAGCUCGUGCCAUGACGAAUAAUCGUUUAAAUGAACGAUAACAUUCAAUCACGAACGUCCUGAACCGCAAGUCAACGCACUGAAGGACAUGCGAGGACGAUAAUGAGAAGAUACUUUCCCCCCCGAUGACAGACAUGAUUGGCCCAUCAAAAAGCCCUUACACAGCCGUGCGCACAACAUCCAAACGACUGGCUCGACACAGCAGAGCGGUAAGAUUGCGAGGCAGUGCAGUGCAAC